UAUCACUCAUCGUUCGAGUCUGCAAUUUGAAAUCACUCUGAAGUUCAAACUAGGGAGUUCAGAAGAAUGAGGUUUAUGGUUCGCCCAAAAUGGCCAGUCUCUCCCGCUCAUUUACAUCUCCGUCAUCCUCUUUCUCGUCGUCUUUGCUUCGAUUCCAUCGCAAGGAACCUCCAAACCAGAGCAUCCGUCACUGGCGGAACUGGCAACUCCGAAGGUGGUAGUUCUUUUCUGGUGCCUGGUGCAACUGUUGCUACUAUACUUAUGCUUGGUAUUCUUCAUGCACGACGUCUCUAUGAUGACAAAAAGGUUGAAGAAGCAAAGGAGAAAGGGAUUGAAUUUGAGUUCUCUCCUGAUUUAAAAGCCACAUUGUUGAGAUUGCUACCAUUGCGUUCCAUUUCGCGUUUUUGGGGUUUUAUGGCAAGUUUGGAGAUCCCUGUCGUCUUUCGUCCUUACAUCUACAAUGCUUGGGCUCGGGCAUUUCAUUCAAAUUUAGAAGAAAUAGCUCUGCCUCUUGAUGAGUACAGAUCUCUGCAGGAAUUUUUUGUUCACUCUCUUAAAGAGGGCUCCAGGCCCAUUGACCCUGAUCCACAUUGUCUGGUCAGCCCUGUGGAUGGUACAAUUUUGAGAUUUGGAGAGCUGAAGGAAUCAGGAGCUAUGAUUGAGCAAGUCAAAGGCUUCUCUUAUUCAGCGACUUCGCUUCUUGGUGCAAAUUCAUUCCUCCCAAUGAUAGUCCAAGAGAAUAUACAUGGAGAAAGUACUGAGCAGAAAAGCACUAUGAAAGAUAGAAGCAAAAAGUCAUGGUGGCGAAUUUCAUUGGCUUCUCCUAAAAUGUGGAACCCUGCAGCUGCAUGUCCAGUGAAGGGUGUGUUCUACUGCGUAAUAUAUUUGAAGCCUGGGGACUAUCAUCGAGUACAUUCUCCCAUUGAUUGGAAUGUAUUUAUUCGUCGCCACUUCUCAGGUCGCCUUUUCCCCUUGAAUGAACGUGCUACAAGAACUAUCAGAAACCUCCAUGUUGAGAAUGAAAGGGUUGUUCUUGAAGGCCAAUGGGCAGAAGGUUAUAUGGCGAUUGCAGCGAUCGGUGCAACAACCAUUGGAUCUAUUGAGCUCUUCAUUGAACCAGAGCUUCAGACAAACAGGCCAAGAAAAAAAUUGCCGCAUUCAGAGCCUCCAGAUGAACGCAUCUAUGAACCUGAAGGUGUCGGUUUGACGCUCAGGAAGGGUGAAGAGGUUGCAGCAUUCAACAUGGGAUCAACUGUGGUGCUUGUCUUCCAAGCCCCUGCAUCAAAAUCACACCAAGAAAAUGGUUCAUCAGAUUUCAAGUUCUGCGUUGGUCGUGGGGAAAAAGUCCGUGUAGGAGAAGCACUGGGUAGAUGGACUGAUGAUAGGUAGGGACACCAUGCAUGGACACACUAUAUAUGCUAUCUCUUGGUCGAUGACACUAUACUAAUGUACUGUAUUGACAAGAAAUCUGCUUU